AUCAAGAGGAGUAUCUGCUUGCAUAGCUGUUAUAAUUAUGCGAGUGCUCGUAGCAGAACGACGAGUUUCUGAGUCAAGGUUGCUGAUGCGGCUUCUUCAUUUCGCCGACAAGUCCACAGUGAUCCAUCCACUGAGAAUAGUGAUUCAUUCACUGAGAGUCACUUCUGGAGGCGUCAGCUGUACGUCAGCCUCUCUUGUCUAACCAGAAUGAUCAUCCCAAUUCGGUGCUUCACCUGCGGAAAGGUGAUCGCGCACCUGUGGGAAAAGUGGAUCGACAUGAUAGACGAAGACAGACCCGAGGGAGAGGCCCUGGACAUUCUUGGCUUGGAUCGCUAUUGCUGCCGUCGUAUGCUUCUAACGCACGCAGAUCUUAUUGACAAACUGCUUGCGUACAACAUUUAUGAGAAGCGCAUUGUGGAGAGCUGAAGGAAUUUCGGUCGGGGUCGCGUUCAUGGUUUAGUACCAAGCUACAGCGUCGAAUUCCUCCGCAGAUCCGCUGACGUUCGCGUUUGGGAUUUGUAGAGGCGAAAAACUAGGGGUGGACUGAAAGAUGGUUUUCCAGUUUCACAGAGAAAAUUGCAUUCAUUAAGUGCGGUAGAAAACGCAAACGCAUUCGUAGUUACUCAGUUUCCUGUAGGCGGAUGGACCGGUACUUUUGGUCAGCAACUGCAGCAUGUCGUUUGUAUCGUACGCAAACGAAGCGUUUCCCCUUCUCUGAAUGUCUUCUGCAUUCUCUUCGACUAUUCUAAGUUCCAUCGUUUGAGUCUCAUCUCGUCUUGCGCGGCGGUUGUCCAAGCGCAGCUUGUUUCCGCUUGCCUGAAAAGAUGUGUGAUGCGCCUUUGAACUCGCUCAGUUCAGCAAAGAUGUCCGCUGACACUUUCGAAUGAUCGCGUUUCAAUCUUUUAAAAGGUG